AUGGUGCAGAAAAAAUUACAAGCUGCAAUUAAGGAUUCUGUGUCUGAAAAUGAGGCAUUUCAGAAAGUAUUUGGAAAAGAAAAGCAUGGAUAUGUUCGUAGUAUGGGACUUGGAGUUACACCAUCUCAAAUUAAUAGAUCUACGAGAUCGACAUCUUCUUCUGCAGAAAGUGAACAAAUAAAGGAAAUGCAAGAAGAAAUUAAUGCACUUAAAGAAAAGAAUUCAAAAAUUGAUGAAUUAACACAGGCAAUCAUAUUCUUAACGCAAAGGGACAAGGCGAGGACAAAGGAAAUUGAACUCUUAAUGCAAAUGCAGAAUUUUAGUGGAAGACAGGGAUUGGAAUCACCCGCUGAUGGUAGACGUUCAUCUGAGUCUAGCUACCGUAUUGGAGAUAAUGGAACUUCAGGGGGGACAAAUUAG